GAAUGUUUGUUUUUUUUUCCAAUAGGAAAAUGGCGAAUCGCUUCAAGCCAUCCAUACCAGCGAAGGGAGAAACGAAGGAUGAGAUUACGACGAUCAAAUGUGCGCUGAAGACAAUCAUUCGCCCACAAUUCCAGCAAGCAUUGAUGAGCAAAAUAACGGACCUGAGUUUGCAAGCCACUUCAAUUUCCUUUUUGGGCUCAUUACUGUUCUUGUUCGAGGUGCAAAAGGCGUACGAGCAUAGGCCUUGAGAAUAAUGAUUUCGCAUUCUUUGGUGGAAGUGGAGAAAAAAAGAUCCAACUCUGCUUUAACCAAGUGCUAUGGCAAAACAAUCAGCCACCGAAACCGAAAAAGUCGACGUACAGACCACGAGGAAAAAAGCCACGAGGACCACGACCAGAGCUGCCAGCUAUCGACCCUGAAUUCAAAGCAAUUGUCGAAGGUCUUGACGACUAUCAUCGUAUCGAUUGGCCCAACAACAAUGAUUUCAGCAAUGGCCUAAAGCAUUUGACCAAUCAAUACACAGACAACGUCGUCACCAACUCAACAACGCAUGCUGACAAACACAUCACCCAGUACUUGAGACUGAAAGUGUUCGAAUUGAACACAGACGGAGAAGAGGACGCAGAGAAAUUUUUGCCAAGUGACAUCGAAAGUGUUGUAAAACUGAUCAUCAAAGAAAAAAACAUCAGAGUGCCAAUUCACGAUCCAAACAAACUCGAACGGUGUGGCAUGUUGUAUGACAUGGUGAACGACUUGAAUGUGUUUCCAGAAAUCGAUCUGCAUGACCUCACGACUGACGAAAAACAUUGGUUUAAGGCCAUGCCAAUGUUCCUAUCUAUGCAACGUGAGAUAGAAGAGUAUAACUUGGAGUGGCCACAUCAGCACCGAUCCAAACGAAAGAAAAGAAAGCGCAAAAAGUCAAAGCGUCGCCCCAAGCGCAAACAAAUGCUCGACGAUCUAAAGUUUCGGCCAUUCAUCCGGAAUUUAGUAGUGGUGCCGAUGUGUGAUUUUCGCCGAAAGCACUUCAAAAUCGAUUGUUCAAGCAUGCACCAGGUGUUGUCUUCGCAAAAAUUGCUACCGAAAGUGGAAGUUGAAAACAAAAACGGAACAACAAGCAUGGUAAUUCUUCCACAAAAGGGUUUCAACGAUGCGCGUGAUCAUUGGUGGAAUCAGUAUUUCUACAUGCGGAAAAUUCGGCGAUUCGUGCGUGGAAAAAAGAAGUUUGAUUUUUCUAUAAACACCGAUGGAAUCGCUGUGUCUCUGCAAUACUCGGCCAAAAAGAAGACGAAUAACACAGAAUACGACCGUUCUCGCAUCGUUGAAAUGAUUUUGGAUGGCAAAUUCGAAAAUUUUGCAGGCGUUGAUACAGGCUUGAAAAGUUGGAACACCACAGUGACACACAACAUUAUAACUGGCACCGAAACCAACUUUGUGAUGUCGAGCAAGCAGUUCCACUGGCAGACUGGUCAAAAUGUGCGAAAUGCCAAAGCAAAGCGUUGGACCAAAGCUUUCAUCGAAGAGGAGCGCCGAGACAGAGAAAAUCGUGAGCUGUACCCAGUGAUGCCAUCGCCAAAAGGAUCAUACUGGCUGAACUACAUCAAGCACCGAGUCAAAAUGAUGAAGCAUGGGAUCUGUGCUUACUCGACUGCCAAGUACACUCGACUCGCCUUGGACAAACACAUCAAAAGCAGUAGUGUUGUCGACAAUUGGGUGGAAAAGGUUACCGAUAAGCAAUCGACAUUGUUUCUUUUUGGUGCUGAUGGGGAAGUACCACCUGACAGCCGAAUAAGUAUCAAAAAGCACGUGCGGUGUCCAGGGGUUCGUUUGACUUUGAGGUCAAUAAAGAAACGUCGAGAUUGUGCCAUAGAGCUGGUGGACGAAUGGGGAUCAUCUCAAACAGACGCAAGAUGUAUGAAGCGAUUCCAAAACCAGCCCAAAUCGGCCAGAUUCAAGAAAUGCCGGUGCAUACCCGACGCCAGAACAUUGCUGCCAAUAAAAAUUGUGUCAAAGUUGGGCAAGAAGGAUCUAUCGGAAUUUCGAUUGUUGCAACGCGCCAUGAACGAAGCAUUGGAAGAAAACGAGCCUUUAUUGUCAAAAGUAAAAAGUUACUAUAAAAACUGGCAAUUAAACCUCGAAUGCUCUGUGACUUGGCAUCGUGACGUCGUGGCUGCUAAGAACAUUCUGCUGAAAGGACUAUGGACAUUGCUAGGACUUCCGAUACCGGAUGCGAUCAAUAGAUAUAAAGCCCGCGAUGCUGUCGCUGAGGCCGCCGAAGUAGCCGCUGAUGUCGCUGAAGCAGCUGCUGCUGCUGCCGCCAACGUAGAUAAUGAUGUAGAAAUGUUCGAGUACGACCAGCAGCCAGCUGAUCAUGCUGUCUGAUCAGCACAACGCAAACAAAAAAAAACAAUUGUAACAUUAGUUAUUAAGGCUAUCCCGACCAUGUGGGUUGACACCCCAUUUGGUUGUUGUUGACUGCGCAGGAGUACAAAUGGGGCGUUUUUUCUUUGUAAGUAACAUUCAAUUUUGAAAACAGUUUUUUGCUUCGGGAAGCGUGACCAUCAGUCGAUGCUUUGUGUAAAUGUCAUGAUUUGUCUUAGAAUUUUUUGCACUUUUAAUUAACGACUACCAUUUUUUUAUUUUCAGAUAUGAGAAACACCCUAGUGUAUACUGAACAAAACUAUGGUCAUUUUGAACUCGAGCUAUAGCAAUGUUUGCUUAAAAAUUACUGAAAAUACACAAUCUGACGCAAAUAUGAUAAACAAUUUCAAUUGAAAGAGGUGUUAAUCGGUAUAUAAAUAAAGAAAAAAAGGUUGUAUUUUAAAUGCGUCCGAUAUUUAUUCAUUAAAAUUUCGACAAAUUUCAUCAUUUAUAAUUGUUCCGAUAUUGUUUAAAGUAAUGGACACACUUUUAAAGGCCAUAUUCAACCAUUAAAAAAAGAAAAUUAAACUUGAUAAAAAAAAUAUGAGAAUUAAACAUGUUCAUAAGGGGGUGGAAGAAGAUUUUCGCUGUUCUUGUGAAGUACUUUCAUUAGCGUUUGUGACAUGUAGUAUGGCCUUUGCUCACUUCCAUCGUUUCGUUCGAUGUCUUCCACUGAAAAGAAAAAGUAAUAAAAAGAACGCACAAAAAAUUA